AUGCCCUCCAAGUACGACUCCCCGUGCGGAAUAGACUUCUGUAGCGUCGAUAUUCUGGAGUCUCUCCUGAACGCCCGCGUCUCAGCGAACGCUGCUCACCAAGCUUUGACCAGGGCGUUCAACAAGUUCGAAGAGCCGGAACUCCGUGGACGACGAGGGAUGGGCGUGAAGGAGGCGGAGAUGCAGGCGCAGUACGUCAAGGCGGCGGACCGCAUCGAGAAAUUGCUCGAGAAGGUAAAGGGCAAGGGACAAGGGUGUAUCGAUAGCGGGACGCGGGCCAUUCUCGUCCCCAUUGUGAAACGUCACGCGCUCGGGCGCGUCCCCGAGGUAGACUCAUCUCCACUCUCUUCAUCCUCCCUCAUCCAAUCUCCACUUGCUACGUGCCCAUCGAACACCAUGUACCCCUCCACCACCAUCUUCGGCCUUCUCGCCACCUUCCUCCUCACAUCGGUCAUCUCCGUCCCCCUCCACCAAGACCUUCCUCUUGCUCCUCGUCAAGACUCAUCCGCCUUUGCCGGCGCGUCAGCCAUCAUCGCCCUCUUCUCCGACCUCUCCCGCUUGACCAGCGCGACCGCUUCUGCCUCAGCGACCGAUGCUGCCCCGUCCUCUUCAACUGGCUUGGCACCCGGGACCAACGGGUCUGGAAUCAGCGCGUUCUAUUCGGCGUGCGAAGGGACGAAUGUCUCCCGCGUGAUGAUCAGCCCGUGUGAGGGUGGGAGUGGGGCACAGGGGAGUGCAUGUGUCUUCACGGUCGGCAAGAACUACACCAUCACCCUCACCUACACCUCUCCCUCGGACAUCGUCAACCCGCGAGUGGGACUAGCGAGCUAUAACGGCGAGGUCAAGACGGCGUACUCUGGGCAGAGCUUCGGCGGAUGCUCAUAUACCCCCUGCCCGGUGUCCGCGAAUGUGGAGAGCGAGUACACGUACCCCUUCCGGACUCUACGAGCUCCCUCGUUUGACAGGCUAGUCUUCAACGCGACGGACGGAGUGACAGGCCCAUCCUUCAUGUGCGCUAGUGUCCCGGUCACUUGUGCGAGUGGAUAG